UGUAGUUGAAUGGCAUUGUGGUCUUGGUCCGCCCAUCAGCUGAUGAUUGUACUGGGCUGCUUACCGAAGUCAUUCAAAAACGAAAUUCACCUACUUUAAGUUCAGCUACGUGUCAUAUAAGUAAAUUGACGUCAUUUUAUAUCCGUUCAUCGUGGUCAAGUAUCGAUAGCUAGUCAACUGAACCUCUCCUCUUUAUCAUAACAUAGUUUAUGCGUGACCGAGCAGUUUAAAGACUGGCGAAACCUAACCAACUGAGUGGUCUUCAGCGAUAAAUGCCUGUGUGCAUACCCCUCCAUUGAUCCUUCCGACCCCUUCGUUUGAUCCUACAAUGAAAGCGCUAAUCCUGGUUGGAGGUUAUGGAACUAGGCUCCGGCCGCUCACACUGAGCGUGCCGAAGCCUCUGGUCGAGUUCGCCAACAAGCCGAUUUUGCUGCACCAAGUCGAGGCCUUGGUGAAGGCUGGAGUCAGUCACGUGAUCCUUGCUGUAAGCUACAUGUCUGAAUUGUUGGAGAGAGAGAUGCGGGCACAGGAAGAGAGGCUUGGAAUCCGGAUCUCCCUUUCCCAUGAGAAGGAGCCGCUUGGAACAGCCGGACCCCUGGCCCUGGCCAGGGAGCUGCUGACGGACAACGCCGAGCCCUUCUUCGUGCUCAACAGUGACGUGAUCUGCGAGUUCCCCUUCGAGGACAUGCUCCGCUUCCACAAGCAGCACGGCAAGGAGGGCACCAUCGUGGUGACCAAGGUAGAGGAGCCAUCCAAGUAUGGCGUGGUGGUGUAUGAAGCAGAGAGCGGGCGCAUACACCGCUUCGUAGAGAAGCCGCAGGUCUUCGUCUCCAGCAAGAUCAAUGCAGGGAUGUACAUCUUUAGCCCCUCCAUGCUGAACAGGAUCCAGCUGAGACCCACCUCUAUAGAGAAGGAGAUCUUCCCUGUGAUGGCCGGGGAGGGACACCUGUAUGCCAUGGAGCUGCAAGGUUUUUGGAUGGACAUCGGCCAGCCCAAGGACUUCCUGACGGGGAUGUGCAUGUACCUGCAGUCUGUGAGACAGCAGGGCCCAGAGAGGCUGCGCACGGGGCCUGGCUUCCUGGGGAACGUGCUGGUGGACCCCUCCGCUCAGAUUGGGGAGAACUGCACCAUCGGGCCCAACGUGACGCUGGGGGCGGGGGUGGUGCUGGAGGACGGAGUGCGGAUCAAGCGCUGCACCGUGCUGAAGGGGGCGCGCAUACGCUCCCACUCCUGGCUGGAGUCCUGCAUCAUCGGCUGGAGCUCCACCGUCGGCCAGUGGGUGCGCAUGGAGAAUGUGACCGUGCUGGGGGAGGACGUGAUCGUGAACGACGAGCUCUACCUGAAUGGUGCCAACGUGCUUCCUCACAAGUCCAUAACAGACUCAGUGCCUGAGCCCCGCAUCAUCAUGUAGGCCACGCCCCCCCCUGCUGUCAGGCUGGAGGAGGGGUGGAGUCACCAGGGCAGGGAUGUGAGGAGGCGGGGCCAGAGUGACAGAAGGCAGAGACCCAGAUGGAGGCAAAGACAAUUAGAAUGUGGCUGCUGUGAUAUUCACUAUGCAUGGCAGAGAACAACUAACAGUUGUAGUACAGACCAUAGGAGUGUGUAUGUCUGUCUGGGUGUGUGUGGGUGUGCGUGUGUGUGUCUGUGGGUGUGUGUGUCGCUGUAGAGCAUAUUAAUGUGUGUGUGACGUGUGUAUUGGGAGUGAGGAAAAUGAGUGUGAUUUUUGCAAAUGUGAAAUGGUACAACAGUGAGAGAGCAGGUAGGGGCAAGGUCAGGAGUGUGUGUAUGCGUGUGUGUGUGUGCAGCAGUGUAUGAACUGUGUCUAUGAACUGUAUCAGUCAAGAUCAAAUACUGUCCAGGUAGCUGCAUAAACCCAUUAGUCUGACAGAACAUUUUAUUUCAAAUCCAAUUAAAAACAUUUUUGUGUGUCAGAAUAGAGAGGAAACAGUCCAAGUGGCUGCAAAGAAGCUUUAAGGUGGUUUCAUUGUCACUUUGCCUUAAGAAGCAAUCUGUUUCCUCUCUUCCUUUUUUUCUAUUAUAACCUGAUGCCAACAUCAACCACAAGCCUGUAAGUCCUGCUACAACGUUGAGUUGAAUCAGGAAUAUUUAUAGGCUCCAUUUAGAUUGAUAGAUUUUGCUUAGCCUGUUGAGCGUAAAUCUUGGCACAGCCAUUGUUUGUUUAGGCAGGACUUUCUGCAGCAAAGUGCUAGCACUGUCUCCAAAUCCAGAUUUUUACUAAUCCUUCUAUUAAAGCCUUGAAUUCCCAAAUCUGUUAGGUUAAAAAAGAAAGAAAAUCUAAAACAUUGAUCAUUCCAUUUAGUCAUAAUGCAGUUACUCAACAGAGGUAUGUAAAGGUUAUCAGUUUUUAAAAAUCUUUUUUUUUCUGACCACAGGCCUUGUGUGUGAAUUCAGCAGACAGCAUUAAUGUGUCAGUGACAGUGUGAGUGAAAGAAUAGCAUGUGAAAAAGUGUAGUGAGAGUGUAUUUGGAUGGGAAGGGCUAAAAUAACAUGAUGAGGUGUAAAUGGUGACUACCGUAAAGACCAACGCGUAUAAUUGAUUGCCUCAGGCCCCCACGCGCCUGUCUUCAGCCCCGCUGGUCACAUGCACUGGGGCGCUGUCUGCCAAUGAGCGGUGCCACUGACCACUAACUGAACAAUUACCCAAGUGAAGACACACAUGUUUUAAUGAAGUACUUUUUAUAAUACAAUUUUUGGAUCCAUGA